AUGAAUGGGAUUUGGAGAAAUUGGAUUUCCUCUCUAAGGAUAAAAAAUGUGCCACAGAGAUACCAAAGUGGUUAUCACCCAGCAGUCCCUCUGGGAUCAAGGAUUCUAACUGACCCAGCCAAAGUUUUUGAGCACAACAUGUGGGAUCACAUGCAAUGGUCAAAAGAGGAAGAAGCAGCAGCCAGGAAAAAAGUAGAGGAAAACUCAGCUGAGCGAGUCCUUCUGGAAGAGCAAGUGAAGUAUGAGCGGGAAGCUAAUAAAUACUGGGACACAUUUUACAAGGUGCAUAAGAAUAAGUUUUUCAAGGAUCGUAAUUGGCUGUUGAGGGAAUUUCCUGAAAUUCUUCCACCCGAUCAGAAAACUGAAGAGGCGGCAAAAGAAUUAUCAUGGGAUCAUGUAAAAACUAAUGCUGCAAAUUGUUUUUCAAGAAAGCACUGCCCUAUUGUUCCUGAGGAAAAGGAUUCUUAUCAGAAAAGUUCUGGCUCCUCAGAUGGUCACAGCAAAGCAGAAUCUGAUUUUCCCCACCUCAACUCUGAAGAGCACGGAAAAGGACCUCUGAAGGCAGACCUCUUUCCUGGAGGCAAAACCACUUUCAGAAUCCUAGAGGUUGGCUGUGGUGCUGGAAAUAGUGUUUUUCCAAUUCUGAACACUCUACAGAAUGCUCCGGAGUCCUUUCUUUACUGUUGUGAUUUCGCCCCUGGAGCUGUGGAGCUGGUAAAGGCGCAUGCAUCCUACAGAGCAGCCCAGUGUUGUGCCUUUGUUCACGACGUUUGUGACGAGGGCCUGCCCUACCCGUUCCCAGACGGGAUCCUGGAUGCCGUCCUCCUUGUCUUUGUGCUCUCUUCCAUUCAUCCUGACAGGAUGCAAGGUGCUGUAAACCGAUUGUCCAAGUUACUGAAACCCGGAGGAAUGCUGUUAUUUCGGGACUAUGGAAGAUAUGAUAAGACCCAGCUUCGUUUUAAAAGGGGGCACUGUUUAUCUGAAAAUUUUUAUGUUCGAGGAGACGGUACUCGAGUAUAUUUUUUUACAAAAGGGGAAGUCCACAGUAUGUUCUGCAAGGCUGGGUUAGAGGAGAAGCAAAAUCUGAUUGACCGCCGCUUACAAGUUAAUAGGAAAAAACAAGUGAAAAUGCACCGAGUCUGGGUUCAAGGCAAAUUCCAGAAACCAUUAUAG